AUGCCGAGAGAAAUCAUCACCCUGCAGUGCGGGCAGUGCGGAAACCAGAUCGGAGUGGAGUUCUGGAAGCAGCUGUGCAACGAACACAACAUAGACAAGGAGGGGAUACUAAAAAACAAUAAUUACCUGAAUGAGGAUCGCAAGGACAUCUUCUUUUACCAGGCCGAUGAUGAACACUUCAUCCCGAGGGCACUGCUCUUCGAUCUGGAGCCCAGAGUUAUUAAUAGCAUUCAAGCUAGCGAAUAUCGUAACCUGUACAAUCCUGAAAAUAUGUUCAUUUCGAAAGAAGGAGGAGGAGCAGGAAACAAUUGGGGAUGUGGAUACAGCCAAGGACACAAAGUGGAAGAAGAGAUCAUCGAUAUGAUUGAUCGGGAAGUUGAUAACAGUGACAACCUGGAGGGAUUCAUAUUAUCCCACUCCAUUGCAGGAGGGACUGGUAGCGGGAUGGGAAGUUACUUACUAGAAUUACUGAAUGAUAACUACUCGAAGAAGGUAAUACAGACUUUUUCUGUUUUUCCUCUCUUGACGAACGAGAGCAGUGAUGUGGUGGUGCAGCCGUACAACAGCAUCCUAACAUUGAAGAGACUGAUCCUAAGUACGGACAGUGUAGUCGUUAUUGAUAACACGUCCCUGAAUAGGAUCUUUGUCGACCGAUUGAAAUUAAACAAUCCGACAUUCCAACAAACCAAUACGAUUAUCUCCAAUGUCAUGUCUGCUUCCACCACGACGUUGAGAUACCCUGGCAGUAUGAAUAACGACAUGAUAAGUUUAAUUUCGUCUCUCAUCAUAAAUCCUAAGUGUCACUUCCUUGUUACUUCGUACACACCGAUUACGAUAGAGAAGCAUCUCUCUAAUGUGCAGAAGACAACGGUGCUAGAUGUCAUGAAGAGACUGCUGCACACAAAAAACAUCAUGGUUUCGGUGCCAGUCAGGAGAGGUAUGUACAUUUCUAUCCUUAACAUCAUCAGGGGAGAAACCGAUCCCACACAAGUACAUAAAGGAUUGCAACGGAUACGAGAUAGGAAGUUAGUCAAUUUUAUCAAAUGGAACCCUGCCUCUAUCCAAGUCACUUUAGCGAAGCCAUCUCCUCACGUAGUAUCCACUCAUAAGGUCUCUGGGCUUAUGAUGGCCAAUCACACUUCCAUCUCCACCCUCUUCGAACGCUGCGUCACUCAGUUUGACCGACUUUUUAAGCGAAGGGCCUUCUUGGAAAACUACAAAAAAGAGCCCAUGUUUAGCAGUGCGGACGGCCAGGGCAACUUCGAGGAGAUGGAGUCCUCCAAGGAGAUCACGCAGAAUUUGAUCGACGAGUAUAAGAGCGCUGAGCGGGACGACUACUUCAGCCACGCGUACCUCUAA